CGCAGCCACACGAACAUCCAUACACACCACUCCCUGAGUAAAACAGAGAACUAAGUGGACUCUCAUCACAGAAAAGACCUCAGAGAACGCAGUCUACAAAUCAGUCUUCUGGGAAACAAUACUCACGACACUUCUGGGAAACAAUCUUCACGGAAAAGGGCUGACUGGAAUUUAUGUUUUCCUCAAAUUGCUUCUGUUAGGAUUUUAUUUCCAAAAGUGCGUGUGUGUUUUGUUUUUUUUGAUGGAGCCAAAGCUCUUUUCCAUCAGUGGCAUGUCUGUUUCUUUCAUUUCUCCCGGUCUUUUUGUCCUUCUCUCUCUUCCUGCCAUUUCGUUUCCAGCCACUGAGAAGGAAUGUUCCAACAGCACUUUUGCCCUUCCGCGCGCCUUCCAUGUCAAUGUCUCUGGCUGUAGCUACAAUCUGCCCGAGAAGCAGAGGGAGCAGAUCCAGGCCCGCUCCACCACGCUGCUGGCUCCAGCGCUCUACCUGACCGCCCUGGUGUUGGGCUUCCCCGCCAACCUGCUGGCACUGUGGGUGCUGCUCUUCCGCACCAAGAAGCUUCCCUCCACCAUCCUCCUGCUCAACCUCACCUGCUGCGACCUCAUGCUCCUCCUUGUGCUCCCUUUCCGCAUCGUUUACCAUUUCCGGGGCAACAACUGGACAUUCGGGGAGCCCUUCUGCCGGCUCGUGGUCGCCCUCUUCUACGGGAACAUGUAUGGCUCCGUGGUCUGCCUGGCCCUCAUCUCCAUCGACCGCUACAUGGCGCUGGUGCACCCGUUCGGAUCGAAGACCCUCCGCGGGCGGCGGACGGCGCUGGGACUCAGCCUGGUUGUGUGGAUGGUGGUGGUGGCUGCCAUGGCGCCCCUUUUGGCUUCGCGCCAGACAUAUCCACUGAAACAGCCGUCCAUCACCACCUGCCAUGACGCACUUCCCAAGCACGAGCAGGAGACCUACUUCCUGCCCUACUUUGCCACGCUCUUCUUCGUCUGUUUCCUGCUGCCACUACUCCUGGUGCUCUUCUGCUAUGGGGCAGUCUUGCGCACCCUGGUGGCCGCCGGCAGCCGCUACUGCCACGCCGUGAAGGUCACCGUACUUGUCGUGGUGGUCUUUGUGGUGUGCCUGUUGCCCAGCAACGUGCUUCUUCUGCUGCACUACCUGGAGUUCAGCUCGCGAUGGGGUGAUAGUAAAGAUACUCGUAACCUCUAUGUGCCCUACGUGAUCAGCCUGGCACUAGGCACCUUCAACAGCUGCCUGGAUCCCUUCAUCUUCUACUAUGUGUCUGAAGACUUCAGAGAGAAGGCCUGUGCAGUGCUGCGCUGCCUCUCUUCAACCUCCCGGUCCUUCUCUGGGAAAGAGAUGUCCUACUCUUCAGGCACGUCGAGGUCAAAGGUCACCCUGGUGACCAUGUCGAACAGAGUCACAGAUCUGUCAGAAGAAGCGGCGCGAAGUCAUUAACAGGAGGGCGUGAGUGUCCAGUAGAGCAGGAGACAUGCAUCUGGGACGUAAUAAGGGGCUUAGUGAGGGAUAAAAACGCAGAAGAAUAAAUCCAGUCCUUAAACUUAGAAUAUUUCAAAUGUACUUAUGAUUCAAUACGCGACGCUCAUAGAGAAUGACGCAUCAGCUAAAUGCAGUGUUAGACUAACUAGAGAGCUUACACUGAGCUUAAGCAACCACUUCAGCAGGGUUAUGUUCUACUUUUGUUUUCUGGUUUGUGUGACUGAGUGGGUAACUUGAAAAAGCUUUCAUGUUUUUUUUCAUGACACUUUCCUGGGCAGACGUAAAUGUGCACAUGAAGGUAGUCUGAAUGUUGUUCAGUAACGUAAACUGUUCAAUCUUUCCAUGUAGCUGUUCAGAGUAAACCAUUGUUACAAGAGAAUGCUGCUUGUAUAGCCUACGUAACCAUCAAAUGUAAAUGAAGACAACAAAUGCAUGUCGUUUUGAGAAUUUUCUGAGUGUGGUAAACAAAAUAAGAUUUGGCAUGAGUUUGGCAUGCACAGAAUCAUGCAUGCUGUGACGUGUAUUAUGCUGAGAUAGAAUUUGUUUAGGACGGUAUUAAUUAGGUUAGUUAAUUAACAAUCCAUACACAGAUACAAGCAUCCUUACAGGCUUAUGCAGUUUCUGUCCUUCAAAAAGCGUAUUUAUUAAAUGCAUAGACCAUAUGAAGUCAGGUCUCAUGCCUGUGACUAUUCUAUUCAGAAAUGAAGAAAUAAAGUGAAAUAAACGUUGGCCGUGUUCCUACUGUCACUAAUUAAAUGGGACUAUUGUUGUCUGCGAGACCAAACAUGACCGCACAGAAUUCUGAGUUCCCCUCGCCCCAAACCAUGUGAGAAAUUCCAGGAAGUUGAUUCACUGUGACCACCUCCCCCCAAGAAAACCCUUCCGGUACAGUGAUAACACAUCCAUAUCUUUGUUUGUUGCAACAUGCUUAAUCUCUAUAUAGGGCCCUUAUAUAUCAACAAUAGACAUUUAAAUGCAGUGAAACUACCUUAGAUAUAAUUGGUGACUUUGAUUGAAUGGACCAUUUAAUACAUACUGGCUUGGACGCAGGCACACUCUGGAACUGUCAAACAUGCAAACCUCAUGAUCGUUUCAUACUUUUCAUACAAACCACGCUGUGGGCAGAGGUGGCGUGAGACCAUUAUGAGUCAAUCAUGAGCUUUCAUUGAGCCCAUUAUGAGCUCUCUAUGAAAGGACACACAGAUUACAGGAAAAACAGCUCACUAAGGGUUAAAUCAAGCCAAACCAUGCGGCCAACAAAAACGACCCUGUCUGCAUCACUCACUAUGUCGUCCAGAAUGCCGAUGUGCUUUUCCACUCGUCGGUGCGAAGGAGGAGGAAAUAGAGAUCGGCUAAGGAGACAGGAAAGCAAACGACCUCGUGUAGCACCUUAUAAGAUGUGAGCUCCCUUAACAUUAAACUGGAGGGCGUAAGAUUGCAACUGAAAUAUUAUGAGGAUUUAUGAGGCAGUAACCUUCUCUGCACAGUGAGGGAUCCACUAUAAUCACGGUGGACAGAGUCAAGGAGAAAUCACAAAAAUCAAUCUGUGCCGGACUUGCACUCUGCUUAAUCAGAAAAGUUUUUUAGAAACUAGCAUCGAGAUUUUGAUGGUGAUCUUUCGACCUUUUUACCUACCUCAUGUAAAAAAAGAACUGAUUUAAAUAAUUUAUAUCCAUUCCUACCCCUCACACUGUGUGAUCAGUCUAUGGAGCUUUAAGAAAAUACAUGGAUCAGCAGUUUAGUUUUACACAGUAUUUAUUGUACAUGCAAGAAAGCUAGCCAGAGACUAUAUUUGUUUAGGAAUUUCCUUAGGAAUGACUGCAUUUCCAUAGAAAGCUGGAGAGGUUUGAAGUUAGACUCUGGAAAAUGUGUAUAACGGCAUUAUAGAGAUUAUCUUUGUUGUUAACACUUCUGUAUGGUAGUUAAGAAAGCCAAUAGUAUUGUUAGUGGCCCAAAACAUCCCCUGCAUUCUGAGUUUGAGGUUCUGCCCUCUGGGUGGAGCUACAGAGUUCACCUGGCACAUUAAAAAGUCCUAAAGGGCUAAUUCAAGUGUAGUUUUUGUGAGGGGUCUAGACAACAUAUGUCACUGACUGUGUUUAUACCUUUUCAUGGUGAAACCAAAGAUG